CGCGAAAUGAAAUCCGACCGUCGACUUGCGUCGGCUUUCACGAUCACAACGAUGGAUGUAACAGCACUCUCACUGAAGUUGGAGGUCAUGAGUUGGAAUCCUGUUGUAGCAUGCUGAAUUCUCUCGAUGCAGCAGCGGCGGAGGGGGUGGGCGAAGGCAGGGGUGAAGGGGAGAUCACCGACGAGUCGCAAUGGAAAGAGAACCCGAUCCCGACGCUGGAUAAAAUAACAACCUUUGGACUGCUAGAGGAUAUGAGUUCGGAUCCUGUAGAACGAUGAAGAAGAUCCGAUCGUUAGCGGAAGGAUAUCCUAAUCGCGUAUUGGCAGCAGCGAUGGCGGCGGCGGCUUCGGUUUCCAUCGUCGCGGUGCCGUCGGCGGCUUUUGUUCGCCGCGUCGCCGCUAUCUUCGCUGCCUGCCCGGGAGAGGACUAUCGGGAUGUACAGACGGGGCGGGACCCGGAUCGCAACAAGAAUUGUGCUUUGUUCUGUUUGAAGUGCGUCGGCAGAGGAAUAUCGGGAUGUAUAGACGGGUCGGGACCGGGAUCGCAACGAGAGUUGGGAUUUGUUCUGUUUGAAGUGCGUCGGCAGAGGAUUAUCGGGAUGUAUAGACGGGUCGGGACCGGAUCGCAACGAGACUCGGAGUUGGAAUUUGUUCUGUUUGAAGUGCGUCGGCAGAGGAUUAUCGGGAUGUUUAGACGGGUCGGGACCCGGAUCGCAACAAGACUCGGAGUUGGAAUUUGUUCUGUUCGAAGUGCGUCGGCAGAGGACUAUCGGGAUGUAUAGACGGGUCGGGACCGGGAUCGCAACAAGACUCGGAGUUGGAAUUUGUUCUGUUUGAAGUGCGUCGGCAGAGGAUUAUCGGGAUGUAUAGACGGGUCGGGACCGGGAUCGCAAUGUUUGAAACGGCCGCCGAACGCGCAGGCCGAUGGCCGCAACGGACAAUAUCAUGGAGACCGGUCUUCGGGACCGGGAUCGCAGGCCGAUGGAGACGGGUUGGAACCGGGAUCGCGAUGUUGUAACUGCCCUGCCCGCCCACUGACGGGGCGCAUAGACCGGUCGUUGUGAACCCGAGUGGUCGAGGUCGUUGCAGGCGGUCGUUGUGCCGCGACCGGCAGGUCCGAAGUUGAAGGUAGGUCUUCGGAAGGGACGUUAGAUCAGAUGUGCGCUUAAUUAACCGAACGUAGGGGCGAAAAAAAAAAAAAAAAGAAGCGGGAGGAAGAAGAAGAAAAGCAAAUCAGGGGAGACAUGAAGCUCGGUCUCCCAGUCGGCUGACAGAGCGAGCUAUUACAGUAUUACCUGGGGUAGGAAACAGAUUACGCUAUUUUCUGCUACCACCGUACUCUGUUUCUUUUGCGAAGAGGGAAAAGCACGAGCCAGGGGGCAGGGGGUUACUGCUUAUCAAUCAUUUUAUUUGACUGGUUAAGGGAUUGGAUUUUUUUUUAUUUUAUUUUUUUGGAAGGGGGUUGGAUUUGAUUGGACUAUCGAGAUGAAAGGAGGAAUCAUUUGGAUUGGAUUGAAUCAGAUCGAAGAAAGAAUCGAGUGGAUUGUCUAGCAUUGCAUUGCAUUGCAUUGGAUUCGACCGAAGCAUUACGUAAUUGGGAAUUUUGCAUUUCGAAUUGAUCUUGGAUCGAAGAAUCAGUUGUAGAUUGGAUGCAAUCCGAUCGUAUCGAAUGAAAGAGUGAAAAUUUGGGUAUUGUUCGUUAUUGGCACGGUGGCACCCGAUGAUUGGUGGGGUCAGGAUCGGGAUUGGAAUGUGGAUGAAAGAGUCCAAUUGGAUAUAAUCAUCUUGUUGUUCAUCAAACCGCUUGUUGUGGAUUGGAUGGAAUCGGAUUGUAUCGACUGGAAGAGUGAAAUUUGGGUAUUCAAGUUGUUCGUUACUGGGGUCGGGAUCGGGAUUGCACUGGAUGAAAGAGUCCGAAUUUGACGUUGGGAUGUGUAUUAGAUUUUGCAUUGAAAGAUUCCAACAAUUGUGCGAUAUAAUCUUGCUGUUCAUUAAGCCGCUAGUUCAACCGAAGCAGAGUGCCAGCUUGUACCGGUAUAUACGACGCGGGGCCAUGCUAAUCUUCUCUGUAUCGUUCCAAUUUUAACGGAUGUCUCGAAGGACGGGUUUGGAUUUGGAUUAGGUCGAAGAGUUGUGUGGAUAUGGUCGGCAGGCUAAGCCGCACCCCACUUUGAAAAAGGCGCCUGCGCAUUUGCAGGCUAGUGAGCCUUGGAAGGUAGCUUGGGCGACGUGGGCUCGUGUGAACUGGUUGAACUGGUUUGUUUAAUGGCAUCUCGUGAUUGGUGGGGUCGGGUUUGGAUUUGGAUUAGGUCCAAGAGUCAUGUGGAUAUGGAUUUGGGUUGGAGCCUGGGUCGGUAGCUAAAGUGGCACAGCCCACUUAACUAACGAGCCUAGCUCAGUGGGCAGUGGGUACACCCAUGAACUGUGCAAGUAAUCAUCCCACGCUCGAUUUCGGAUCAUGAUGAACCUGUUUAAAAGAAAAAAGAAAAAAAAAAACAGUCUAUCACUGCAAUAGAGGCCGGCAGGCCGGCAACAGGGACCGUUGGCGGACAAUUGCAUGACGCCCAACGUUGCCGGCCAAAGAUGUCCGUCGACAGGCCGCCAGGAACAGCAAUGGACCAGCUGAGUUUGAAAUUUGUCGUCGAGAGAGCUGCCGUCGACGCCCCGAUUCUUUCAGAUGCUCGACCUGCGAGGGACCUCGGGAGGUCCCUUGGGGAACACGUUGAAAUGCCUGUAGCCCGAGGAAUCCCCAAGGAAUACCCGAGGAAAUGUUUUCACAUUUGUUUUCCAAUUUCUUCCCCGAGGAUAAGUGGAACGAUGAAUUCCUUGGGGAUUUACGCGCCCGAAGAGUGUCUAAUGAGGCCCCAUAGAUGAAGGGUGUAUAAUUCCUAGUUAGGUAGGUAGGUAGGUAGUCGGAGGUUUAUUAUUAUUAUAGUCUUUUAAGCCAUAUUCGG